UGUAGCUCUUUGAGGAUAUGACGCGUGCUCUCUGUCUGCUUCGCUCUCUACAUAAACCCAGACUCAACACUAAACCUUAAUUCAAAAGAGACUCUUUCAAGUAAAAAGAGACUGCAUAGGGACAAAAUUUAAACCGAAUUCAGAUCAUAGAGUCGCUUAGGUCUCGAGUAGUACAGUUUUCCGUUGUUUCCUCUCUGACGUGCAUCUCCGCGUGCUCACCUAGACAGAAGUAUGGCAGACUAUCUGAUAAGUGGAGGAAUGGGCUACAUCCCAGAGGACGGCCUGUCUGCUCAGCAGCUUUUCUCUGUCGGAGAUGGUCUCACCUACAAAUCAGGACAGCAGUCUGUCCAAGAUGGACACACGGCGGAAGAGCUUUGCUCUAUGGGAGACGGUAUGACUUACAAUGAUUUCCUGAUCCUGCCUGGCUUUAUUGACUUCACAUCAGAUGAAGUGGACUUGACCUCAGCAUUAACCAAGAAGAUCACACUAAAGACCCCGCUUAUCUCCUCUCCCAUGGAUACUGUUACUGAAUCCUCUAUGGCCAUCGCCAUGGCACUCAUGGGAGGGAUUGGAAUCAUUCACCAUAAUUGCACCCCAGAGUUUCAGGCCAACGAGGUGCGCAAGGUGAAGAGGUUUGAGCAGGGUUUCAUCACUGAUCCAGUGGUGUUGAGUCCUUGUCACACUGUAGGUGAUGUAGUUGAAGCAAAAGUUCAACACGGAUUCUCUGGAAUCCCCGUCACUGAGACGGGCAAGAUGGGCAGCAAACUGGUUGGCAUCGUCACGUCACGGGACAUUGAUUUCUUGUCUGAGAAAGAUAAUAAUAAACCUCUAGAGGAGGCCAUGACUAAAAGAGAGGAUCUGGUAGUUGCUCCAGCUGGUGUCACUCUAAAAGAGGCCAAUGAUAUACUGCAACGCAGCAAAAAAGGUAAACUGCCCAUCGUGAAUGACAACGACGAGCUGGUGGCUAUCAUUGCCCGCACCGAUCUAAAGAAGAACAGAGACUAUCCUCUGGCAUCUAAAGACUCUCGCAAACAGCUGCUGUGUGGCGCUGCCAUCGGCACCCGUGAAGACGACAAAUACAGGCUAGACCUGUUAACACAAUCUGGGGUGGAUGUAGUGGUUCUGGAUUCAUCACAAGGCAACUCUGUAUACCAGAUAAAUAUGAUCCAUUACAUCAAGCAGAAGUACCCAGAGCUGCAGGUUGUAGGAGGAAACGUGGUUACUGCUGCGCAGGCUAAGAACCUCAUAGACGCAGGUGUGGAUGCGUUGCGAGUGGGAAUGGGGUGUGGUUCAAUCUGCAUUACUCAGGAAGUCAUGGCAUGUGGGCGGCCUCAGGGCACCUCUGUGUAUAAGGUGGCAGAGUAUGCGAGAAGAUUUGGAGUGCCAGUCAUCGCAGAUGGGGGCAUCCAGACGGUCGGCCAUGUGGUGAAGGCCUUGUCGUUGGGAGCAUCAACAGUGAUGAUGGGAUCUCUACUGGCUGCCACCACAGAAGCUCCAGGCGAGUAUUUCUUUUCUGAUGGGGUGCGGCUGAAGAAAUACAGAGGAAUGGGCUCCCUGGAUGCCAUGGAGAAGAACACCAGCAGCCAGAAACGCUACUUCAGUGAGGGUGAUAAGGUGAAGGUGGCUCAGGGAGUGUCCGGCUCAGUGCAGGAUAAAGGGUCCAUCCAUAAAUUUGCCCCAUACCUCAUUGCUGGAAUCCAGCAUGGCUGCCAGGACAUUGGUGCGAAAAGUCUCUCAGUGCUUCGGUCGAUGAUGUAUUCUGGAGAGCUUAAGUUUGAGAAGAGGACCAUUUCUGCACAGGUUGAGGGAGGUGUACAUGGACUUCACUCUUAUGAGAAGCGUCUCUACUAGUGGAGGAGACAGAGCGUGGAUGGGAAGGAGUGAGCAAACACCUCAGACUAAUCGGACACCCCAGAACUUGCCCCCAACCUGCUCUUCACCGUUCCUCCAGCACCACCACAGUGAGAGAUUGAGAAAAGUAUUAAAGGAGUUUGAGAGCAGGACCUCAAACUAAUUCAGUCCCACAUAACAUUGCUGUUGCACUUAAGGGAGUAUCAGGGUUACCAAGUAGCUGCCUGUGUGUGUUUGCAAAUGUUUAUGAGCAAACCAGCAAAGACAAGAAGGGCAUUUGGAGCUGGUAUUCUUGAAUGCCUUGUUCCCCUCCCAAACUGAUGAGGCAACCAUGAUCUAUUUAGACACAAGUGCAGCGCAGAUCAAUAUCUCCAUUUCCACAUGCGAACUGAUGACUGCCAUGAAACCAAAUGCUCCAACUGUACUUGAGGCAAUCUUUUCUGAAGUAUAUUUGUAACCACUGAAGAUGCUAUAUUAUAUAUUUUUAUUCUGGAAAAAAGCGGUACGUAGAAAGUCAUGUUUGUGGUGGUUAAUGUUUAUUGUACUACUGCUUGGACGGAUCUCCUUAUCGUAGCAUUCUGCUAUGCCCACCACCCCAUGUCCUGUAUUUUGUGGUUACAAUAUCUAUACUAACAUAAUUAUACCAAAACCAAUAUCUUUAGAUAUUCAUCGUUGUUCUGAGAGUGUUACGUUGUCGUCUUUUUGAUAUAUUUGACCAAACAGCUGAUGCUGAUUGAAGGUUUUUGGAUCAUCAAGGUCGGUUAGUUAAAGCUGAGCUUUUAACACAGUCCUCUUGACUGGAAUUUUAACGAAGAACAGUAAUUAUGGGAUUUUAUGUUAAUGAAAUGAGACUGAGUGCUAAAUUGGUAUAAAGAGUUUUAAUGUGCAUGCAACGUUUAUACAAUUUACUGUACAUUACUGCCAAGUGCUUUUUUUUGUUUAGCUUUUGCAUUCUCUUUUACAAACGCCAAAUAAAUGCUGUGAGUUUCCUGAUCCUCUGAGGAUGUUUCUCCAUGUCACCAUUGACACCUUGAAAUGUGUCAUAAAUUACGGAUACAUCCGUCUUGACCCAAAACACGCCAUCCGUGCUCGUCUGAUGCUGUGUGGCAUCUUUUUAACUGUCACUGCCAAAUAAAGCAUGUCAUCCUUUUGAAUUAAAUUGAAAGCUUUUAAAAAAAAAAAUUCAGUAUUUGUUUUUUCUUCAGCUACCGCUAGAGGUUUCUAUUUUGUACGUGUGUUGAAAUCAUGCACUCUUGUAACAGCAUUUGAUAUGUGGGCCCAAUCAUCCACAUAGUAUAUAGUUCUCAGUAAAAUCUGCAUAACAAUGUACAAAGACGGUUUGCCUCCUUAAUCAACUGGAUGUUACUUGUUAGUAUGUUGCUUUACCCACUGUCACAGUGUUUGAAAACUCUAGAGCCAGGUCUGUUUAUCAUAGUGUAUUCAACUAAAAUUGCAUAUCUUGUUCAAUAUUGUUGAAUAAACUGAAAAACUCUGUCA